GCGGGACUGUGCGGGGUGCGGGGACAUGUCGCUUUAGUUAACAUGUCGGCGCUUUGAUGAGUCACGUAGUGUCCGUUUUUCGGUUAACGGCGAAGCUCCGUGAGUGCGGCAUGCUGUUAGCUUCAGGAGGCUAACGGAGGCUAAUUAACUACAGACUAUGGAUCAGAGGGUCGGGUUCUUCGUUCUUCUGGCAGCGGGCCUCCUCUGCCUCAGCUUAGCUCCGGUCAGUCGGGCCGAUGAUCUGGGUGACGAAAUGGACGUGGAGGACGAGCUGGAUCUGGGUCUGGGCGGCGCUGAGGAGGAGGAGCUAGAGGAUCUGGAGGGGGAUGUGCAGGACGAAGCUCCGCCCACUCCUAAAACCCCUCCCACACCGAAGGUGACCUACAAAGCUCCAGAACCGAUGGGGGAACAUUACAUCGCCGAGUCUUUUGACCGGGGGACACUUGACGGCUGGAUUGCGUCGAGCGCCAAGAAGGAAGACACAGACGAAGAGAUCGCCAAGUACGACGGUAAAUGGGCGGUGGAGGAGAUGAAGGACAGUAAACUUCCUGGAGACAAAGGUCUGGUCCUGAAGUCUCGUGCCAAACAUCACGCCAUCUCCGCCCAGCUGCUGCGACCUUUCACCUUCGACACCAAGCCGCUCAUCGUCCAGUACGAGGUGAACUUCCAGGCGGGUAUCGACUGCGGCGGUGCCUACGUCAAGCUGCUGACUCAGACUCCGGAUCUCGACCUGGACCAGUUUGUAGAUAAAACUCCGUACACCAUCAUGUUUGGACCCGACAAGUGUGGAGAGGAUUACAAGCUGCACUUCAUCUUCAGACACAAGAACCCGAAAACUGGAGAGUACGAAGAGAAACACGCCAAGAAGCCCGACGCCGACCUGAGGACGUACUACACCGACAAGAAGACACACCUGUACACACUCGUGGUGAACCCGGACAACACCUUCGAGGUUCUGGUGGAUCAGACUGUGGUGAACAGCGGCAGCCUGCUGACGGACAUGACUCCUCCCGUGAACCCAGCCGCUGAGAUCGAAGACCCCGACGACCAGAAGCCCGAGGACUGGGAUGAGAGGCCCAAGAUCCAGGACCCAGCCGCCGCCAAGCCCGAAGACUGGGACGAGGACGCUCCUGCUCAGGUUCCUGAUGAAGACGCAGUCAAACCUGACGGCUGGCUGGACGACGAGCCCGAGUACAUCGGAGACCCCGACGCCGUCAAACCUGAAGACUGGGACGAGGACAUGGACGGUGAAUGGGAGGCUCCUCAGGUCGCUAACCCCGCCUGUGAGACUGCCCCGGGCUGCGGCGCCUGGAAACGACCAAUGAUCGACAACCCCAGCUACAAGGGCAAGUGGAAGCCCCCCAUGAUCGACAACCCCAACUACCAGGGCAUCUGGAAGCCGAGGAAGAUCCCCAACCCGGCGUUCUUCGAGGACCUGCAGCCGUUCAGGAUGAGCCCGUUCAGCGCCGUGGGCCUCGAGCUCUGGUCCAUGACCUCCGACAUCUUCUUUGACAACUUCUUCAUCACCGACGACCGCAACACCGCCGAGCGCUGGGCCAACGACGGCUGGGGCCUGAAGAAGGCUGCAGAGGGCGCCGCUGAGCCCGGUCUGGCCACUCAGAUGUUGAAUGCUGCAGAGGAGCGUCCGUGGCUCUGGGUCGUCUACGUCCUCACCGUGGCUUUACCGCUCGUCCUCAUCAUCGUCUUCUGCUGCACCGGCAAGAGGUCGUCAGGCUCAGCUCAGGGUCAGUUGAGUCUCACCACCUUACAGGAAGAGUUUAACGAAGCCAGACGUCGCCCUGACCCCGCCUCCUCAGGCCCGAAGAAGAGCCCGGCGACGGCGGCGGCUGAAUACAAGAAGACAGAUGAAGCUCAGCCUGAUGUGAAGGAAGAGGAAGAGGAGGAGGAAGAAGAAGGAGAAGGAGAAGAAGAGGAGAAGGCUGAGAAGAGUCCAGCUGCAGAAGAAAAGAGUGAGGAAGAGGAAGGACAGAAGGAGGAAGACAAGGAGGCGUCAGGUGACGAGAAAUUGGAGGAAGAUGUUCUGCGGAGAUCCCCGAGGAACAGGAAGGUCAGAAAAGACUGAUUUCUCUGAAUCCACAGCCCUGACCUCAACACCUCCAUCAACCCUCCAUCCCUGAAACACCCACCCGUCCUCCUCCACCUCCUCCUCCUCCUCCUCCUCCUCUGCUCUGAGGCGAUGAAGCCUAAAUGGACCCCGUUUGAAGCAGUGAAGCCGACAGGAAACUAAUCCAGACCUCCAACAUGGACGCUGACGAUGACGAUGAUGAUGAUUCCAGUACGAACAGGACUGACUUUUUUUGUUUAUGAGAGAUUAAAACUUCCUGCAUCAUUCCUGAACACCACCUGAGCAGACUCCACCCCGCGGGAUCAACGCAUCCCGUCCCGUCCUGUCUGACGCUCCGCCCACUGCUCACCGCCCAGCGACACCCUGAGCUAGCCAAGUGCCCCGCCUACCUACAACAGCCGCUAAUUAGCCCCCUGACAGACGAUAUUUCUCAGCAGCCACGAGUUAGCCCGCAGUCUGAGGUCGUCUACCAGGACCCUGUUGGGCUGCUAACGGACUGCUAAUUGGCUAAUAAUGAAGCUUGUUUGUGGUAUAAUAGUCAGGGAAUUAACCUACAGUAAGCCUAGCAACACACUGUUAACGAGGCUAAUUUUCUGAAGUAACCAUCUUCCUGCUUGGGCUACAAACAGUCUGCUAAUUAGCCCAUGAUCAGGGUGCUAACUUGGCUAAUGUCAGACCUCACCAAUCAAGUUUUGCCAAUUAGCCCAGCAACAGGAUGCUAAUUAGCCCACAACGUUAUCUAGCUUGGAAGCAACACGCACAUGCUAACGGUUGAUUUAUUCUGUGAGUCAGUGGUCAGGGAUUAACCUAGCAGAAGUGUUGCUAAUUAGUCUUCUAGCCUGUUAAUUAGCUCAUGAGCAUCUUGAUGGUAAUUUGUCUACUUGUACUACAUUUUAAAGUAGCGUCUUACCGUCUUUAUCUACUAUCAACUGUUAAUUAGCAUAACAGCCGGGCGCUAACAAGCCCAUAAUGUAUUUACUUACCAACAACUAGCUAAUUAGCUUGUUAAAAGCUAAUUUACCUACUAAUAGUUGGCUCAUUAGCCUUCCUAGAUUUUACAAAUUAGCUGGUUAGCAUCCUAAAGUAACCCACAACGUAGUGAUUAGCCGCAGCAGGCUACAUGCUAAUAUUUUUUAAAAAAUGAUAACGGGGAACACUCCAGCUGACGCAACUUCCUUUUUUUCAUGUCUCAUUUCCUGUCAUUGAAAUGUUUGUUCUGAAGCAGUUAGCUCAACAUUAGCUCCAUGUUAGCUCAACAUUAGCUCCAUGUUAGCUCAACAUUAGCUCCAUGUUAGCUCAGCGUUAGCUCCAUGUUAGCUCAACAUUAGCUCAGCGUUAGCUCCAUGUUAGCUCAACAUUAGCUCCAUGUUAGCUCAACAUUAGCUCAGCGUUAGCUCCAUGUUAGCUCAGCGUUGGCUCCAAGUUAGCUCAGCGUUAGCUCCAUGUUAGCUCAGCGUUAGCUCCAUGUUAGCUCAGCGUUAGCUCCAUGUUAGCGCCACGUUAGCUCAGCGUUAGCUCCACGCUAGCUCAGCGUUAGCUCCAUGUUAGCUCAGCAUUAGCUCGUGUUUUCUCUUCAGCGUGUUUUUGUCCUGAUGGCGGCGCUGGAGGUCAGAGGUCACUUAGGUUAGUAGGUCGUGUUUGUUGAUGUGGAUCUGGUCGGACCGGUCCCAGUUUCGUGCACUGAGUCACACGACGAUGACGAUGAUAGUUACUGACAGCAGCUCCCCUCUCCUUCUUCCUCGGUGGUUUCAGUCCAAACAGACGUGGCGGCAGCUCGCAGUCCUUCCUGUCCGGGAUUUUGUUACCUGAGUUUCGCCUCUCAGGCAGACUCAGGUGGGCCGUUAAGCCGCCCUUGUUGUGUCGGCAGGUGGACAGAAACCCGUCCCUCGUUCAUCGACCCCAUACGAAAAGAAAAAAGGCACUAUGGGAAAAACUCAGGCGCUUAACUCUCCUCACCUGUCCACCUGCCGCAUCGCCACACCUCCACAUCUCCUACAACCAAUCAGACGCUCCCUCCUGUCGGAGUUUAGCCCCAUGUUUUAAAAGAGACGGCACUUCUUUAAAAUCCAGGGGAUCCAAACUCAAAGUCACUUACUGCUUUUCUGACGGCCGCGAUGAGGCUGAGAGCUGCUGCUGAAAGCUCCGGAAAGGUUCAGUCAGUGACUUUGAGCCGAGAUUCAACGUCAACCUUGAUCUGUCUUAGCUGUCUGUUAGCAUGGUGUGAUGUCACCUGUUAGCAUGGUGUGAUGUCACCUGUUAGCAUCGUGUGAUGUCACCUGUUAGCAUGGUGUGAUGUCACCUGUUAGCAUGGUGUGAUGUCACCUGUUAGCAUGGUGUGAUGUCACCUAAUCGAGAACAGCCAAUCAUGUUGAAGCUAACGUGACCUUGCCAAUGCUCUGUCGUACGGGAAGCCAAAGCGGACAGAAAUAAAGUCUGCUGUCAGUUCGUCCAACACUCUGACCCCUCUGUUUCCUCUAGCGCCACCAUCAGGACAGAGUCUGUCUGACUCUGACUCGCUCCGUCGGCCCCAUCAGUCCGGUCAUGUGACCGUCGCCUGUUUCAAACUCUUUUUUUUUUUUUUUUUUUGACGGUUAAACUUGUGUCAAAGCUCGGGAUUGGCUCUCUGCUAACGAGCUCUAUCGUGAUUGGCUGAUGGGUUUAAAUAGUGGGCGGGGAAAACAGCGUCGAGGCGACCCGGAGGUCCCCGUUUGUUUCCACGUCAGGUGACCUUUAACCUUUUGAUUUGUCUCCUCGUAGCGCGUGCUCGUCGCUCUGCUGCUUUGUCUCUCACGUGUCCGUCGCUCCGAAGCUCACGCGUGGCUCCAGGACCACGUGUCCGCCGGCAGCAGAGCGGCUCUUCAUCGUCUCCUCCUCCUCCUCCUCCUCUGUUCUCCGGGGGUGAAGCUGAAGCUGGCGCUGACAGACUGUAGACUGAACACUGUAUCUGCUGGUGUAAUCUGUACUUUUUAUUUGUUGACAUUGUGUUUGAACUAAACGUAACUGUUGGCCCGGCCCGGUUCUGCUGCCGACGCACCACGACGACAACAAGGUCCGCUUUGAAUAGAAAUACUGUGAUGGAGCCCGGUGUGUAUGUGUGUGUGUGUGUCUGUGUGUGUGUACGAGCAGACGUUUGUUUAUGAAUAAAAAGGCCAAAUGGAAACUGA